UGCAAGUAUGUUUUGUGCGCGAUCGAAAUUUAAUGUUUGAUUUGACAUUAAUUUUUAUUCUUAAAUUUUGCCAUUUAUUCACAUUUCCUGUCUGAAUAAUUUUGUUAGUGCAUUUUCAAGAAAAUUUUGUUUUGGAGUGACAUUAAAAUGGAUGUUUACGGGUACCCUCCGUACCAAUAUUCACAAUCGGACGAUCUUAAUAGACAAAUGUUUGCUGAACAAUCAAUGGUUUCAAACUCAAUGCCCUACAACCGUGAUAUAUCAAGCCCCCAUGUAAUGCCGGUACCAUCUGGAAUUCCAUGGAACGUUCAGGGUUUACCAUGGGGUAUGCAAUCUCCUCCUCACCUAAUGCAGUUCACAGCACAAACUCCGCCUCCGGGCGCUGAAGUGACACCAGUGAUUCAUUGUAAACGGAAGAGCUUGGAUGUAGAACCGACAGUACCAGCUAAACAAUUAAUAACAGAAGAAAAAAUGGCAGCCCAUCUCAACAGUCUACACAUAUCAUCAGACUACACCCCCCACCAGCUUGCAACUGAGGAAUGUAUGGAUGUCAAUAUGGAGAUGCCAUCUACAUCUGGCUCCACAUUAGUGUCAGAAAAAUUUAAAGACAAAUUCACUGUAGUCUUGUCAGAUGAAGUAAAGAAAAUUAGAGAUCAGCCAUUGCUGCCACCAGCCCUUAUGGAGAGAUUAGAAAAACCACAGAUGUCCCUUGUAGUGUGGAAACCUCGUGAGAAUAUGUUGGAAAAGUUAAAGGAUGCUAAGGAACAGAAGAAUGAAUCUGAGGAAGAUGUACCUAAAAGAAGGAAUGGCAUAUUAGUAAUGGUACACAAUAGUAUAGAUAUGGAGAUGUGAUAUUGUCUUUAUGAAUUCUCAAGUGAGUCUGAUUCAGAAUGAACAUUAAGUAAUUUAUAUUGAAAAACUUUAAGUGUGAAACAAGUUAAAUCUGUCAAGCAUGUCG